AUGCAUGCCCAAUUUCAACAUAUCCUGGCUGCAGGACUGUUCAUCGGAGCCACCACGGUAGUAGCCCGACCGAUCGCUGCCGAUUCUCUAAUUCCAAAAAUUGCCGUCUUGGAAGGCGUCAUCAACAACGGCUCCGGAAGCAUGCAGAGACAGGCUGGAAAAGGGCCGUACAUCAAAGACAGCGAGAAUGCGGACCCUUUGGAAGUGUUGGGAAGUCCCCGGGUUGACGGCGCGCGCACAUGA